AUGCCGCCCGUGGUAAAGCCGGAAGCGGUACUAAAACGUUCUGAGGAGCUGAUAAAUGUUGGUCAGGCAUCUUCUGCCCUGCAAGCAUUGCAGGAAUUCACGUUUUCGCGGCGUUUUAAGCAAGGUCCAUCGUCGUCGAUGGAGCCCCUGAUGGAUCGAUUCAUGGAGCUCUGUGUCGAUCAGCGCCGUGGACGUGCUGCGAAAGAUGCACUGAUGCAAUACAAGAAUGCAUUUCAGAACACGGACCCUCAGUCCAUUUGCAACGUGACGCGUCACUUCUUGGAGCACGCGGACUCGAAGGUAGCAGAGGCUCGCAGUCGUGCAGAUGCUGCAGCAGAAGAACUCGACGUGGACGACCUUGAAGAAAGUGAAACACCAGAGAGCAUUCUUCUUGGAAGUGUUUCUCAAGAUCAGGAUCGUGACCGUACUGAUCGCACGCUCGUCACACCUUGGCUCAAGUUCUUGUGGGAGGCUUAUCGCACUGCACUGGAUAUUCUCAAGAACAACACACGUCUUGAGAUGGCCUAUCAACAGAUUGCUGACCAGGCGCUGCACUUUUGUCUGCAACAUCAGCGAAAGACCGAGUUCCGUCGUUUGUGUGAGGUGCUGCGCCAGCAUCUCCAAAGCGUAGCUCGGUCGGCGCACCAUACAAACGCCAUUGACUUUUCUGAUGCUGACACGCUUCAGCGUCACCUGGAUACACGCUUUACGCAGUUGAACAGUGCUGUCGAACUAGAGUUGUGGCAGGAGGCGUUCCGCAGCGUGGAAGAUGUGCACAAUCUCUUGAUGCUGGCGAAGAAGGCGCCUAAACCAGCUAUGAUGGCUAACUACUAUGAAAAGCUUUCUCGCAUCUUUAUUGUGAGUGACAACCAUUUGUUCCACGCGGCCGCCUGGAACAGGUACUAUGCACUGGCGCGCAUGACAGCGCAUUCCGACAAGGAAAACGCGCGUAUGGCCUCGUUUGUCCUGUUGAGUGCACUCGCCGUUCCUGUGAUUACUUCAAGUGCCCCUGGAUCGGGUAACAUGUCCAAAGGACGAACGGACUUUCUGCAAGCUGACUCAGAGACUCGGCAGCGCACGGGUCGCCUCAAUGCUCUGCUGGGCUUGAACAAAACUCCCACACGUGCUGGUUUGCUUCGCGAGGCACUGAACCGCAACGUUUUGCGUCAUGUGCGUCCUGAACUGCGCGAGCUCUACCACAUGCUGGAAGUGCAAUUCCAUCCUCUUUCAAUCUGCGCCAAGAUCGAGCCAAUUUUGAGCCAGAUCGCACAAGACCCAGACAUGGCUAACUACGUGAAGCCCUUGCACUCUGUGGUUUUGACCCGUUUGUUCCAGCAGCUGAGUCAAGUGUACGAUUCUGUCAAGCUAGACCAGGUGAUGCAGCUCGUGUCUGCUUUCAAAGAGCCCUACUCGUACACGCCUAUGGAUAUUGAAAUGUUCUGUCUGCACGCUUGCAAGCGUGGUCAUGUAAGCCUGCGAAUUGACCACAUGUCGCGGGCUAUUACGUUCCAGGACGAUGUAUUUGCGGCUGAUGUGCAUCCAGCAUUAUCCAAUGCCGGUGAGACCGACUCUGUUCGCCUUCAAUCGAUGCCAUCCGAACUGGUUCGUACGCAACUUGCCCGCCUGGCCGAAAGCCUGGAUCGUACGCUGCGUGUGGUCGACAGGGAGGGUCUUGCAAAGGAACAUGCUGCUCGUGAACAAGCCAUGCAACGCGCGAUUGCUACGGCUGAAGAGGAGCACCAGGCAACCCUCAAGCGCAAGAGUAUGAUUGAGCGCCGCAAGGAGCUUCUACGUGAUAUGAUGCGCCGUAAGGAAGAGGAAGAAGCGCAAUUGCGCAGUGAUCGUCUCCGUCAGCAUGCCGAGGCCGAGCAACGCCGCUUUGCGGAAGAGGCCCGUCGCCGUGAACUGGAUCAUGUGCGCAAGGAGAUGGAGGCUGCCAAGCUCGAGGAGGCACGCAAGAUGGCGCAAUCGCUGAAGGAGCGUGGUGGUCUCAAGCUGUCUGAAGAAGAGUUUGCUUCGCUCGAUACCGAGAAGCUCGUGAAGCUGCAGGUGGAACAAAUUGAAAAAGAGAAGAAAGACCUCAAUGAGCGUUUGCGCACCAUCCAGCGCCGCAUGGACCAUAUCGAACGUGCGUAUCGUCAUGAGGAGCGACCUCUUUUGGCUGCAGACUACGAGCGACAGAUGUCUGCAGACCGCGAGAACCACAAGCUGGCCCACGAGGCCCGUGUCGCUGCUGCUCGUGAGCGGUAUCAGACGGAUCUGGCUAUGAAAGCCACGCUUUCUUCCGUCAUGCCUGACUACAGCAUGCUGAGAAGCAAGGUGCUCGAGAAGCGCCGCGCCGAAUACGAGAAACGCCGCGCCGAGGCCCAAAAACUCAUCGAGCACGAGAAGGAACGUCGUCGCGCCCAAGUUAUCGAGGAGCGGCAAGAAGCUUCACGCCGCGCUGCCGAGCAGGAGGAAUUGGCAAGGCAGCGCGAACAGGAAGAAAAGGCUAGGCUCGAGCGCCAGCGUGCUGACGCCGAGCGUGAGGCGCAACUCGAAGCUCAGAAGCGAGCUGAAAUUGAGGAACGCCAGUCUCUCUUGCGACGUCAGACAGAUAUGCACUCCUCGCAAGAAGCACGCACUUAUGGUCGCCUUCCUCCCGAAAGCGCCGCACCUCCUACGUCCCGGGCUGAGACAGCCGACACAUGGCGUCGUGGACCUCCUGCAUCAUCUACUGGCUCUGUUGACCCUCUAUUUGCUAACAGGCGUUACCGACCAGGCGACCUGGCUCGCAGCCGAGCAGCAGCUGGAGGCGCCCAACCUUCACAACCACCGCCGUCGCAAGCGCCUUCUGCUUUUUCACGCACUGGCGGUGCUGGCGGCAUGGGCGGUGGCUCAGGACGUUACGUUCCAGGUGCCUUUUCACGCAUGCGCCAGGGUGCUGGCGGGGCGGCCCAAAGCGCACCCCCUCCCGCACGGAAUGCUGGCCAGAAUGAUACUGAUGGAUUCACUACCGUGAAGCCACGCACGGGAGCAUACCGUCCACCGGGUGCGCGCUAG